GGGGAGGGAGGGAGGGGUUAGUAAGCGUUGACACUGCAGCAGCAGCGGCGUCGGCGGAGUCGCACUGGAAAACGAAGUUAGUUUAGUUCGGCCCCGGGAGUUUGUGAGUUUCACUCCUUCACUGUUCACCUCGUCAACGCCGGUGGUUGUGUUUUGUUUGUUUUAAACGAGGGCGCGGACGAGGGUUCGGACUCCAUCACGGCUCCCUCUCUCUCUCUCUCUCGCCCUCUCUUAAUGGCGAAGGAAACAAAGGGAGCUUAAGGGACGUCGUGUGGCCGGGUGCGGGGAGAGGCUGAGAGAGAGAGAGCCUUGAGGGAGACUGAGAAGACCCAGAGAUACUUUGCGGAGACUGUGGUACUUGCUGGGAGGAGCGGCACUGCGAGUCUGAGAGAGAGAGAGACGAGAGUUGAGAGCCCCCUUUGGCGCGUGCGUUCAGCUGCCAUCAAAGCGUCAUGAUUUCUUCAACUCUCGCGCGCCGCGCAGCUCGACAGCCGCCACCGAGCGUCUUCUCCACUGCUGGAUUAUCGUCGGCGAGUUCAGCAGAGCCCGGACGUUCUCGACUGGGGUGUUAAAGACAACAACAACACAAAACACAUCGGGCACUCUGCUCAGCGGGGCAUGCUGGACACCCGGGCGAGGUGGAUAACUCUCAGCACGACGACUGAGAGUCGCAGGGUGACUCGAGCAGGAGUAGGAGGAGACGACUCCCUGAGUGGUGUUGGAGCCUCCAAGAAGAUUUUGAGAUUGUUCUUUGAGGAGGCUGGACGACAGCUCGGGGAGAGAGACGGCGAGAGAGAGAGAGACGGGGAGAGAGAGAGAGACGGGGAGAGAGAGAGGGAGACGGGGAGAGAGAGAGAGACACGGAGAGAAUUGCAGCGGAUUUUUGCUUGAGGAGUUGGGAGAGGUCAUUGCAGAAGUUGGUUGUUGACGGAGAGUUAGGAACCGAGGGAGGGAGAUACAAGGAGCAGUGAGAGAGGGUGGACGAGUAAGAAGGUGAGGGGAGAGGGGUAGUGAGGGUGGACGAGUGACGCACGGUGGGUGGAGAGUGACAAGAGGGAGUCUGAGUUGUUUAUUGUGAAGUUGUUGGUCGAAAGUCAAUAGCAAACAAUUAAAUAUUAACUCGCCUUGAUUGUCAUACUUUGUUUAACUUUACUGGCAGGAGGCAACCAAUAAUUAAUUGUACGCGGAGUGAUUUUUGGUUUACAAAUUAGCUUCACCUCUUUGCCUUUGGCGAGCUACCGCAGGUUUAUUUUUUACGGGAUUAUUUUUUUGAGGGUGGCGUUCGGGGGGGGGGGGGUGAAGUAAAAAAGGGGGCAGGAAAUCCCAAAUCCGUGGCUCAGAUUUACAACAAAACACCACCACGUGGGGCCUUCCUUGCGCCGAUAGCCUGAGCCAAGUGAUUUCUCGCUGGGCACAACUCGGCAGGGCGAAGAUAUUUCACUCUGAGGGAGGUUCGGAGCGGGAGGAAAAUAGACGAGGUGAGAAAGAGGUGGGAUUGGGGGGGGGCGCAGGGGUUGGUGUAUUCUCUUUUUAAUCUCCACUGGAUUUGGCCAAAGAAAAUAUCCGGCGUUAAAACCGUCACCGAUAUAUCAGGAUAUUGAUUUCUUGACCGGAGGAAUCCGAUGAGCCAUAAAGUUUUUUUUCGCAGUUGUCCAGUAAGACGACGCAGGGACACACGGGACUGAAGAGGCGCUUCAUACGAAGAGGUCUUAAGACGACCAGAGAGUUACUUUGGAUUGCGAGGAGAGGGACCGGACGAGAAGUGGAGAGACGGAGGGGCAGAGGGACUUGAGGAGAGCGAGAAGGGAACAAAUCGCACAACGAUUCGAGAGUCACGAUGGAGGAGGAGGCGGCGGAGAAGGUCGAUACUGGCGAUGAGUCCUCCGCGGCUGUUACGGCUGAACCUCCAACAGAAGGAGGAGGAGCAAGUUCGGAUAGCAAGCAACUCAUGGACGACAUGAUGGGUGUCCUGGACGGCUCCUUGGGCAACAUAGACGACCUGGCGCAGCAGUACGCGGAGUAUUUCAACACCAACUUCGACGACGUCUUCGACCGGAUGGAGGAGCUCCAGAAGAGGCAGUCGGUGCUGGAGUUGGCGGAGCUGGAGGAGGACUGCGCCCUGCACGGCUGCCCGGCCCCGUUCGAGGAUGCCAGCGACGCCGUGAGCGGGUACUCCACGCCGGAGGUCGCGAGGAGGAGUUCUUUACUGAACGCCAACGUGGAAGACGGUCUCACUGGGAAGUUCGACGGCCGCCGCCGGAGCAAGACGUUCUGGCAGAGCCUGCGCAAGUCGCCCAAGGCCUCGGCGCCGAGAGCUGACGGCCACGGUAAAGGAGGAGGAGGAGGAGCGGUGGCGGUGCGCUUCGUGGCGAGCGAGAUCACGAUGUGCGACGAGGACCGCAUCCGCCUCAUGAACAUGGUGAAGGACCGGCAGAUCACCAUCGACGAGGCGCUCGCCAAGCUGGAGGAGUACGAGAGCCGCUACCAGCGCUCGCACAGCCUGGACUCGCCCCGCCCGGCCGCCGAGAGGAGGCCAAGCUGCCCCAGCGAGGACCGCGGCUCCGUGUGCGAGUCAGUGGACCAGUCGGAAGAGGACUCUGAGGGCGAGGGCAAGUUCCGGCGUCUGCACAAGCUCGUGUCGUCCAAGAGGAAGGGCAAGAAGAAGGCCGCGGCGGCGGGCAGCGGUGGCACCGCCAGGAGUGACGACAAGAAGAGGUCCACGUCGCUCUGCGAGGGGAGCCCGGCGCUGGGAGGCCCCCGAGGGCUACGCGACCACCUCCUUCCCCGCCCCUCAUCCCUCGACACGUCCGGGCCGGGCUCCCCCACGGGCCCCGCCAAUCUCGCGCUCUCCCCGCUCCAGCGUGGCUCCUCCGCCUCUCGCGAGCCGAGUCUGUCUUCGCCUCCGCCGCUCCAGCCCCCGACGACGCCGUUGCUCCUUCCCCGACCUCCUCCGCCCCCCCCACCUCCCCGCUCCCUCGAGUCGUCCUCCUCCUGCGACUCCUCGCUGGGGAGCCUGCGCCCGUGCCGCAGGGCCGACGGCGACGGCGGCGGCGGCGGCGGCGGCGGCGUCCCGUGGGACGCGUCGGAGACGAGCAUCUCCACCACGGCCUCGGAGCUCACCGGCGCCUCGUCGCCCUCGGCCGACAGCACUCCGGGGGCGGGCACGGCCGCCGGCGCCGCGCUGUCGCUCGCCGACCUCUCAUACUCCUCGUCGGCCUGCGGCGGCUCCAGCUCGGGAGAAGUCACCCCGAGGAGUCCCGAGAGGCUCCCGCUGGAGUUGCAGCUGCAGCAGCAGCAGCAGCAGCAGCUGCAGCGCGACACGGAGCUCUACAGCUUCGUCAAGUCGGGCGCGAUGAAGAAGACGCAGCAGCAGCAGCAGCAGCAGCCGGUGUCGUCGCCAACGCCGCCAUCGUCGGCGUCUCCGAGCCACGCGAGAAACAGCAGCUUCGGAGGAUUCGACCUUCGAAGUCGCCUGGGCAGCAUCUCGUCCGUCGGCUCCGAGGAGACGGAGGAAGCCUCGGGUGCGGGGAACCACGAGGCGUCCGGAGGAGGAGGAGGAGCGGCUGCCAUGGCGGGCGACGACGCAGGUGGGGGAGGAGGGGGCUCCUCGCCCCGGCACAGCACGAGCGGCUUCCUCGGCAAGACGGUGAAGAACGUGAAGAAGACGAUGAGGAAGAAGAUGUCUCGCAUGUACAUCAAGGCCGUCAUGGAGGAGGAGGGUAACGGCACGGACGACCCGACGGUGCCAGUACCGCCACCCACGGAGCCGGGCACGGAGCCGGCCACCGUGGAGCGGCCCAAGCUGACGUCCUGCAGCUCCAUGGAGAGCCUGCGGAGCUCGCUGAGCGGGCAGACGGUGAGCACCACCGACUCGUCGGCGAGCAACCGCGAGAGCGUGAAGUCCGACGAGGCGGAGGAGGAGGAGGCGGCCUACAACGGGCCCUUCUGCGGGCGCGCACGUGUCCACACAGACUUCACGCCCAGCCCCUACGACUCCGACUCACUCAAGCUCAAGGCCGGGGACAUUAUCGAAAUCAUUAGCAAGCCACCCAUGGGCACAUGGAUGGGCAUGCUGGCGAACAAGGUCGGCACCUUCAAGUUCAUCUACGUGGACGUCAUCCUGGAGGAGCCGGAGAGCAAGGCGAAGAAGAAGCCGCGGCCCAAGCGCAACAAGAGCAAGAGGCCCAAGCCUAAGACCGUGCAGGAGCUGCUGGAGAGGAUCGGCCUUCAGGAGCACAUCCCGGCCUUCCUGCUCAACGGCUACGAAGACCUCAACUCCUUCAAGCUGGUGGAGGAGCGCGACCUGGACGAGCUGCGCAUUACCAACCCCGAGCAGCGCGCCAAGCUGCUCACGGCCGCCGAGCUGCUGCAGGACUACGAUGGAGGGAGCGAGGAGCGCGGCUCCCAGGAGCACCUGGAGCAGCAGCAGCAGCAGCACGGCGACACUCCGCGCGACUCGGGGUGCUACGAGAGCUCGGACGCGCUCGAGAACGGGCGCGACCGGCAGAGUCCCGAAGACCCGGCGAUGGACUCAGCGGGCUCCCCCCCGCACCACCACCCACUGCGCCGCUACUGCAGCGUGGAGAACCUCGUCUUUGAGAAGAGCCACCUCCCCGAGAACAUCGUUCGCUCUGUCUACCUCGUCAUCAUCGGUGACGACGCCGGUGGUGCCGAGGACGGGACGAUGACUGCGGAGGAGGCGGAGGGCGAGCGGGACGGUGGCACCGGCCCGGAGCAGACCACAGCACGGGACUCGGACGAGGCUGACGUGGAGAGACGGAGCGAUGGGGGCAAGGGGGGGGCCCUCGGGGGCCCUGGCCACUCCACACGACGGAGGCAGCGCAGCAAGCACGAGGGAGCACCCCCAAACCCGCCAGACCAGGACGGGAGGGGGGGCACGGAGCCCCACACCGAUUCAACCUCCAGCCAAACUCCCCCACCGCCAUCCAUCGGCGAAUCGGAGAAACGGACUCAUCCUGAAUCGGAGCGGAGUUCCGAAAACCGCAUCCCGGACUCCGUGGAGGACGUCGUCCCGCGAGGCGGAUCGCGGAAUCCGGAUCCGGUCGUGGCCACCGACGGCGGCGGUGGCCGCGAUGGCGUAGACGCAGCAGAGGUGGCGGUGGUGGUGGUGGCAGGGGGGCAGCAGCAACAACAACGUGCUAGCACGCACGGCGAGGAUCCGGGGCAGCCGAAGCCCGGCAGCGCCGAGGGCCGGGCUCGGCGCGAGCGGGCGGCGCUGCACGUUGGCGGAGACGCGCGGCACGCGGCGGCGGCGGCGGCGACGACGACCGGAACCGUAACGCAGACCGGAGCGGCAGCCUCACCGUUUAACCGCAACCGGCGCAGCCUUGCCGGCGACGGCUCGCAGACGGACUCGACGCCGUGGGGGCCGAGGCUGCGAUCGCACGUGGACUCCGACGCCGGCACCGGGGUCGGAGGCCGUAGCGGGCCGCCACUGCGCAAGGGUCAGCGGUGCCACGAGGUCAGCCUGGACGCCUGCCUGGAGGCGCGGGUGCUCGCACUGGGCCUGGACCUCACGGCCGAGCCGUACACCGACAAGCGUGGCCGAGGGGGCCUGCCCGCGGCGCUCGUGUGGAGACUCGCUGAGGAGGCGAGGGCCACACCGGCGGAGGUGGCGCCCGCCCUGGAACGAGUGCGGGUUCGACUCCUGAGAGCGGCGAGAGAGAUCCCAAUGGCCGGCGCGACAGAAUCAUCGUCGCGCUCGAGGACAUCCAACAGCAACUCAUGACCAGUUGACUCCUCCCGCGGCGGCCGGGAGGAGUCGGUCUCCUCGGUUGAUUUCGUGAACUCCGGGAAGCCUUUGAAGAAUUCCACCCUGGCCUGACGGAAAAGUUCCUCCUCCUCCUCCUGCUGCUGCUGCUGCUGUCACGCGAAGGCCACGGGGGGGGCGGGACGCGGGGGAGUGGACGGACGCUUGCGGGAGCGAGACAGAGUGACGGCGCGGAUGCCCACGGGGAGUGGGAGAUGGGGCAAUGGCGGUGGCUCGGGAGGACGGGGGAGGGCGGUGUUCGGAGUAGGAGGGGGGUGGGCCUUCUCAUCGACAACCUGUCCAGACAGACGCACGCACGCACGCAUGCUGACGCUUUCUCUCGCACGAAGCGUACACACGUGCUCGCUCGCACAGACACGUGAUACGCUCUCGCACACGCGUACAGUGGCAGUUACGCACACGCAUGCGCGCACUCUUGACAGAUACACGCGCGCGUACUCUCUCUCACACACUUUCACGCGCAAAUAUUCUCAUAGACACACACGAUAUCCUCACACACACACA